AUGUCCAGCCGCAGCUGGCAUGGCCAGCACGCCCAGCUGCUGGAGUCAGAUGACGAGCGGAGCUCCUGGGGCAGUAUGCCUGGGAGAGUCGUUUGCCCCGCGGCGGCGGUGCUCAUGCUCCUGGGCACGGCGCUGGUCGUGGCACCGCAGCGGAUGAAGACCAUCCGCGGAUCCGCGGUUGGUUACUCUGCCGACUACGCUGACCAGGCUCCUCAGAUCAUGCUGCUACAAUUCAAUCCUCACUGGGAGUGCUUUAAGGGUCCAAAUAUGGAGCAGUGUGGAAACGCCGUCUAUGGCAUGGUGACCAGACUUCUGAACCAGUAUCAAGUGGACUUUGCCAACAUUGUGGAGCUACCUCCGACCUACAAGCCCCCAGAGGGCUGGGCAAUGAACUGUCGCCCUGGGGGGGGAGGCGAGACUAGCUGCAUCAUAUGGAGAAACUCCAGCUGGGAAGUAAUUGAGCCGAAGACGGACUGCUGGUUCGGCCGUGGACGUGCGUGCAAUGUGAUGACGUUCAACAACCCCAACUUGACCCUGAAGGUAUCCGUUGCUGGAGCGCACUUCCCGCACGGUGUGGACACGGGAUGGUACUCUGAGUUUCUGGGCGUCCUUCGCUACAACUUGGAAAAGUCCAAGAGCGUGACAGACAAGGUCAUAAUGCUAGUGGAUUCCAACGCUGGCUUGCACCAAGAGCCUGAUACACAAAUGCUUCAAAAGAUUGGAGCGCUAAGCCCUCACACCAGCCAGCCAGAGAUGUGGUACAAAUAUAGGACGUGCUGCAACAACAUUGGCUACCAUUUAUUCUACGACCGCGUGGCCGCCAACUUUGGGACACACCUAGAUCAGGUCAAAGACGCAUACUAUGGCAAGCAGUCCGCAGACUUCCACACGACCCCGUGGUUUGCAAAAGUUGCCAAGCCGAACUCGGCUGCCGCGGGCGAAUACCACCAGCCUUUGAUGGCACGGCUUAGUUUGUAG